AACAAAAGUUCAACAAUGAUUUAGAACCGCAGCUAUUGUGCUUCUUGGCUGGAGUUUGGGGGAUUGGCCAGCAGUAUGUCUGAGAACCGGCAUGUGACAGUAGGCUUCGGCCAGGGUAGUAAGGUCGACAGUGUGCUCAUGGGCAGCCGGAUGACCCACAUCCGAGAGGCCCCGGCUGGGCAGCGGGAUCCAGGCAAGCCCCAGUCUUUAGGCCCGAGGAAUCGGCGCCUGAUGCACCAGAGCACCCUGUCACUAGGGCACCCACAGGCAUCUGGGACCAGCUACACCACCACACACACUCAGAGUUACUGUGGGUGGGCAGCCGACGGCCAACCGCUGGUCUUCUUUCCCCGAGAUCCCGCCUACCCCUCCCAGCACGCCAGUCAGCUGGACCUGAGUCACACAUCCACCAGCCAAUCACAGACACACAGCAGAGACAUCCAUGGCCCCAAAGACAUCAUCCCGUUCAAUGUUCUUCAUAGGCUGGGUCAGAGUAACUGGUCUCGUAAUCGCGAGGGUGUGGCCAUGAGAGAGGUGACCAAUCCCAAGGAGCCCACCCCCUACUGGACGACCUAUCGCAGUGAGCACAGGGGUCCUAGCCCCUUCCCCUCACCACACAGCCCCACUGGUAGACCCACACUGUGGCAUCAACAUGAUAUACUGACAGGUGAGGCCAGGAAUCCAGCAGGUCCAGGUAAAGCUAGGAGACAGUCUGGAGAGAGAGUCCUGUGGGCUGCGCGACGCUGGGAGACGGACUGCUGUGCCCUCCGACUCAACUAAACACACACAAUAAAACUGUACACACACUCUACAAAUCAACUGAGCACACUCAAAACCAACUCUGACCGAACUGAGUGCAGUUCAGUCCAACACUCAAAGACAAGACACUUAAAUACUACCAAAACCACUCAAAUAACACUCCAUCUCAAGUCAGAACAACUCACUGGCAUAACACUACUUCAGACUAAUAAACCUGCUCCCUGAAGCUCACUGUCCUGGCAGAUCUGGGCUGAGUGUUAAACACUGUCCUGGCAGAUCUGGGCUGAGUGUUAAACUGUCCUGGAGGGUGCCUUUUCACUUAACCUCUACGGGAUCGGUAUCCCGGAUAUGGGACGGUUGAGCUAA